AUGUCUACUCCAACUUCCACUCCUGCGAGUGGCACCGCUGGUGAGGAUACCGGCGCCGAGGCCUCCACCGCAGAGGAGUUUCAGCCCGAUACCAACCAUGUGGUGUUCAAGCACUUUCGCAUCCCCAUCCGCGAGAACGUGAAGGGCGUUCCGCGCAUUUGCAAGCACUGCAAGCUGGAGUUCGUCGGCGGAGCCUACCGCUGCGCGCAGCACAUCGUCACCUGGAAGGGCAUGCGUCGCCGCGAGGUGCGCCUCUGCAAUGCUGCUCCAUCAACGGCCCGUAGCGAAAUCCGCGCUCUUUACGAGAAGAAGCAUUCCUCUCGCGACUUUAAGCGGCGGGCGGAGGAGUUCGCCCUGGAGGCUGUUUGUGGACGCGCGAAACAAGGCCGCAUCAGCGACACCUACGGCGACGCGGCUGCUUGCGCGAAGACCGACGCGGACGACGCCAUCUGCCUAAUGUGGGCCGGCCUGCGCCUCCCGGAGCACCACGCGGACCACGUUUUGUGGCGGAAUGCUGUCCGUUGCAUCAACAACGCGCCAAAAGGUUACGUGCCCCCUCGUCGCCGCUACGUCGGAGGUGCGGGAUUGCAGAAGACCCGCAAGAGGAUUGAGCAAGACCUUUCCCCGAUCGUCGCCAGCUGGAAGCAUGACGGUGUCACGCUCUCGUCCGACAUCAUGACCGACAAGAAUGGCCGCCCCCAGGCCAACGUCUUGCUCAUCAACGACUACUGUGCGACAGUCGGCCCCGAGCACGUGGUGUCUCUCUGCGUGGACGGCGCGAGCAAUUACGCGAGCGCCUUCAAGGAGUUGGCGCUUGAGUGGCCACACAUUGAGUUCGUCCCGUGCGCGACGCACGUCAUGGACCUGCUCAUGGAGGAUGUUGGGCGGAUGGAUUGGGCAAAGAACGUCGUGGAGCGGGCCAACGAGAUCAUCACCUUUGUGCGCAACCAUCACUUCACCCGCGGGUACCUGAGGGGCCCGCAAGUGCAGGGGGGAAAAGGGAAGCAUGUGCUGAAGCCGGCGGGCACAAGGUUUGGCACGCAAUUUAUCGCCGUUUCUCGGCUUUGUGAGCGACUUGAUGAAGCUGCCGUUCGUCGUGAUGCGCGCCACCGACUCAACCAAAAAGGCAUGAUGGGGCGCAUCUACGACACGAUGCUUCAACUCACUGAAGAUGUGAACGCUAAGGUUGAAGAGGGGGGGGACGUGCUGACCCGGGCUGACAAGGCGGAGAUUACCAAGAUGGUGGGCAGCCUCUGGGAUGGGAGCAUGGCAUGUGCCAUGCAUGUUGUGGGGCGGACCCUGAACCCCCUCAACCAAGAACAAGGCAUCUUCCGCAACCACUUGCACUGCACCCGCAUCUUCAAGUCUUACCUCAACCGCCACUAUGACGGCAUCACCAUCACGCGGAAGGAUGGUGAGGAGCGGCGGGCCGCCCAUGUCCGGCAGGAGGGGCUGGAGGCGUUCAUGACACUUCAGAGAAGUUUCGGCCUCCCUGAGGCGAUUUCUGACCGUGAGUUCGUCAAGGCAGGGAAGAAGAUCAUGGUCCAGUGGUGGACCUGGCACGGCACCGACAACCCAGAGCUGACUGCCCUGGCUUGCCGGGUCCUCUCUCAACCCGUUUCCGCCGCUGCAUGCGAGCGGAAUUGGGCUUUGUGGGACGCUGUCCACACUGCACGGCGCAACAGGUUGGGGUCCGAAAAAUGCCGCGACCUAGUGUUUGUUGCGCACAAUUGGAACAUUGUGCACAACUGGCACAAGGCCGAGGAGGGGAUGGGGGCAUUGGUGGGGAACAUUCCCGAGCCUCCCAUCCCUGAGGGGUACAAGGAAGAUCGGGAGGAGGAGGUGGAGGAGGGGGAGGAUGACGUGAUGGAGGAUGAGUAUGUUGAGUAG